CCUUCAUCCCCCUCUGCUUCCUCCGUGGCAGGCUCCCCUUCUGUGCGAGCGUAUCCUGUGCUGUCCGUCAUCGCUCGGCAGCCGCCCGUGCUCCCGCAGCUGCUCCCGGCCGCGGGCGGCUCCCGGCUGCCAGCCCAGCCCUGCCCCGGGCCCGGCACACAGGGGUCCCCCGGAGAGCCCCAGGGCAGCAGCGAGUCGGAGGCAGAGCAGCCCCCACCCCGCUCAAAGAAGCCGCGCCGGAGCAGGACCAUCUUCACUGAGAUCCAGCUCAUGGGGCUAGAGAAGAAAUUCCAGAAGCAGAAGUACCUCUCCACCCCCGAUAGGCUUGACUUAGCCCAGUCCUUGGGGCUGACUCAGCUCCAGGUGAAGACAUGGUACCAAAACCGUAGGAUGAAGUGGAAGAAAAUGGUGUUGAAAGGUGGACAGGAAGCUCCAACGAAGCCCAAAGGCCGCCCAAAGAAAAACUCCAUUCCCACCUCAGAGGAGAUUGAAGCAGAAGAGAAAAUGAACAGCCAGGCUCAGAGUCAGGCUCAGGAGGGAUCUCAAGCCUCUGAGGAACCAAAACUAAGAGAAGAGAACCCAGAAGUCCUGUUGGAGACAGAGAAGUGUCCAGAACAUAUACCAGAGCCCUCCUCAGAGGAGACUACACCGUUAAGUUAAAAGGGAGAGAAAGGAGAGGAAAAGAAGAGCAAAAAAAAAGAGAAAAAUCAAAACCAAAUAUAUAUAUGUAUA